AUGGCCAGCAGCAGCCUGGCACGGAGAAUCGCAGGCCAACACGAACUCGCACAGAUCGAAACACUCGCAAAGGGCAGCAGCAACAACGACCGGAUAUUCGAGAUCCUCCGGAGCAGACACCGCAGCCGCAAACAGACCAUCGCCCUCAUCGACCAUCUGCUCAGCCACACCCCGCUGCCCGCCGCGGGGGACAUCAGACACAUCGCCUCGCUCGCCGAGCGCAUCCACCAGGCCACGAGCAUCGAGAUCUUCCGCGACGAGGCCGGCCUGCUCGCCGGAAAGCUCUUCGCCCGCACCGAGCCCUCCUUCGAGCACGUGUGGGCCUGGUACGAGCUCGCGAAGAGCCGCACGGCCGGCCCGGGGCUCGCGCGCUGUCUCGUCGCCCUCCUCGGCUUCCGGGCCGAGCUGGCCGGCCACCCCGCCCGGCUCGCCCAGCUGCUCGCCGACCUCGACCAGCUCGCGCGCACCGCCCUGAGCCCCGCCGACCGGCUCCGGGCGAUCGAGAACCUGCUCGGGAUCGCCAUCCGCGCACGCCGCCCCUCGCUGGCCGCACGCGCCCUCGCCGACCCGCUCGUCGAGCCGCUCGAGGGCCAGCUGCUCAUGGGCGAGCCCACGAUGGUCGACCUGCUCGGCAAGCUCCUCCUCCUGGCCGAGAACCGCGACCAGGCCUUCGGCUUCUACGAGCAGCUCCUCCGCCUCGGCCGGCCCAGCCCGCGCUUCUUCGAGCGCCUCCUGCGCGGCUAUCUGGCCCUCUGCGAAUCCCCCCGGGCGGGCGAGGAGCGCCCCCAGGCCCUGCCCAUCCCCCGCCUCAUGGCCAUCCUCGCCCACUUCAGGCGCGCCCAGAUCCCCAUCGACAGCCACACCUACGCCAUCCUCCUCAACCACUUCAGCACCGUCGCCUUCUCCUACAACGGCCUCUACGACAAGGCCUGGGCGAUCUGGGACCAGUUCUUCUUCAGCCCCUCCUCCGCGUUUGCUAGGAGGAAGAGCAGCGCCUCUGGCGGCUUCAGCCGGAUCUCCAACCCGAGCUUCGCCACCAUGUUCGACCUCGCCGGCUUCGAGAGCGAGCGCUUCGGCGACGGCAGACUCAACCGCAGGGCGCUCGCCGGCUGGGCCUUCCUCGUCCACCAAGCCCUCCGUCCCCCCUCCGCCGGCUCAGCCGAAGAGCCCCAGCCCCCGGCCUCGUGCUAUCUCAACAAGAACCUCUUCGACGCCUGGCUCGAGUGUCUCUGCCGCUCCCGCCGAGUCGAGCAGGCCCUCCUCCUCGUCUUCCCCGCCUCCCCAGACCCCUUCAUCGACCGCCGCACGCUCUCGAUCCUGCUCCGGUUCAGCAAGCGCGAAGACCAGCUCGGCUGCUCCCCCGCCCUGCUCCCUAUCGUCACCCAAAACAUCCAGGCCUGUUUCCCUGAUCUGUGGGGCGAAGUGCAGGACCAAGGACGGUUCAAUUGA